AUGGGAACGGCCUGUUACGAAGUCAUGAACCAGAUCACCGAGUUCCUCGCUACCAUUGGCGAAGAAGUCACCGACGUGGAUGAGGAGUCCUUUCUGCUGUUUGCCCAAGACAUCCCAACCAACAAUCUAGGAAUGAUCAAUCCUCGUGCACCAUCCGUAGAGAUCCCAGUCAAUGGCCACGAAUACACCAUCCAUCAAUCCCCAUCAUUACUUUCCUCCCAUCGAGCUGGGGGGACAACAGGCGCCGUUCUGUGGAAAAUCACCCCCCUCUUUGCAGGAUGGAUAACCAACCCAGCAAACCCUCUCUGGACACACAGCCUCCUUGACCAGACCUCCUCAGUCGUAGAGCUCGGCACAGGGAUUUCAGCGCUAGUCGCGCUGGUCCUGGCGCCCUCUGUGCGCAACUACAUAGCCACAGACCAAGAAUACGUGCGCAAGCUAUUCCGAACGAACCUUGACGCCAAUGCCUCCUCUGCAAACUCUAGCAGCAAAUCAAAAGCCAAAGGCAAGGGAUCAAAAUCUAAAUCAAAGCCAACGGCCAUUCCCAAGACCGGGGAUAAUAUCUCCUUCACAACUCUGGACUGGGAGACCGACCAAGCCGCUUCCCUGAAGGAGUGUGUGGAUGACGAGGCUGGGACUCGUGGUCAGGCAGACGCAGAAGAAGAAGAAGAUAAAGGCUUCGACCUCCUUCUAUCCUGCGACUGUAUCUACAAUGAAGCACUCGUGGCGCCGUUCGUGCGGACUUGUGCUGAGAUUUCUCGGUUGCGGCCCGUUUAUACGUCUGAUUCUGAGGGGUUUUGUUCGAGCCGUAGACCGACGGUAUGUAUCAUUGCGCAGCAACAGCGGUCGCCGGAUGUGUUUGAGACUUGGUUGAGGGAUACGAUGCGGGAGUUUCGGGUUUGGAGGGUGAGUGAUGAAGUGCUGGGGGAGGGACUGGGAAGCGGUUCUGGAUAUUUGGUGCAUUUGUUACUGGUGAAAGGGGAAUAG